UUGGGUAUAAAACGCAGACAAGGAGCGAUACGGAUCCACUUCCAGUACCAGCCCAGAAAUGAAGCUUUUGCUAGUGUUUUCCGUUCUGUUGUUUAUCGGCAGCCUGGAGGCGAGUCGCUGCGUCCAUCGCCGGUGUCCCAAGAAUGAAGUGUAUUCCUGCUGUGCUCCCUGUCCGCAGAAGGCGUGCAUCUCGGAGGCCGUCAAAUGCCCGACGUCCUGCCUGCCCGGUUGCGUCUGCAAAAAGGGGUUCGUAAGAGAAACGCAGUUCGGUAACUGCGUUCCAGUGGACACACCUGCAAUCCACCGACUACCCAAGUGUGCUGCUGGCUGUACGUCCGGCUUCGUCUGUACGAAGGGUUUCGUGCGGGAAACGGAAUUCGGCAAAUGCAUCCCGCUUCGACUGUGUUCUCGCAUCAGCAUCGCCUCAGCGCAUCCGUCUGCCGAGAUGAAUUGGAGCAUCUUUCUGAUAGUUGCUGCCGGGUGCAGUAUCUGUGCUGCUCAAACCACCGUAAAACGCUACCCGACCGGUGUAAACGCUACCCGUUACGGAACAACCGGUGGAAACGCUACCCAUCAUAGAACGACCGGUGUAUACGUUACCCGGCAUAGCACGACCGGCAGCAGCGUGCGGCCCUCGAAAGGAUUAAUUCCGGUGGCUCCCGGAGCUAAGUGUCCCAUAACUACAUGUGGACGGAAUGAGGCACUGCAAGCGUGCGGAACAUGCAACCAGAUAACCUGCUCCGGAGUAUCCACGGAAAUGUGUCGACGAUCGUGCUACUGCGGUUGCCAGUGCCGACGGGGUUACGAGCAGGACUUUCUUCAUUUCGACGAACAACGCGUUCUUUUUGUGCUUCGACCUGGUCAUACGGCUCACGUUCAUUUUUGUAUUGAAUGA